AUGGAAAAGAGCGGUUUAAUACUUCCACGGUUAAACGAAAAGCCGUUUUUACGCCAUGUAAACACAGGAAAGACAAAAUCAAGGAAAGAAAUCGUCGARGARAAGCUACAAMGACGGAGAAAUGAGCUACGAGCCGUGUGYCCGCCAAUAAAUGACUCCAGGAACAUCUUAGAUAUAGAGCGCAAGGCAAUUAGCGCGCUCGUUGGACCAUUGGUAGAGUGGCAAAUUCAAAAUGAAGCCAACAAUCUCCCGGAGGUGUCGCUAAGGCUACAGCAAGCAAAAGUCGAGGAUUGGCUUCUGAGAAAUCACUUUGAAAUCACUAGACUUCCGCAUCUAGAUCCKAUUAUCUUGACUAACAGAGGCGCUGAUUUUAGCAAGUACACCAACUUUGUGUUCCCAGCGCCCUACUGCUUGCGGUUCAAGUCAAAAAGUAGACAUAGAAAAUUCAGCUAUGAGGAAUCGGUGAAAGACAUCAGAGAGCGUUGUCCUCGACUUCUACGGACUCAAAGAGACAAUAGGGAUCUGUUUAACUUAAAUCCUGUCGUCCGUGUGGGAGGUGGAUACAGGCGAUUAUCAUGGAAGACUGCGGAGGUCCUGCCAUCGAUCGGACAAACAGAAAAAGACGUCACGUCAGAGUUUACUUGCGUGUCAUGUGGAAUDAAUCUUGCUGUCACGCAGAAGAAAGCAGACAUCAAAAAUGGCAAUCGGUUUGUAGUCAYGUACCCAAAUAUCUGUGCAAAUUGUGGAAAACCCGUUAGCAGACGACCAAAGAAAGUUCACAGUACAAGUGGCGUUGUGUUACCUCCACUGGGGCCCAAAGAGGUUAUUAAACAGRGUCAUUUGAAUGGCCAGUAUGAAGAUCGUGAUUUUGACUACARCUGGAGUAGAGAAGACACCACAGGGAUCCCACUCGACCGUGAAGAUCAUGAGAACCACUCUGAGAAUGAUACUGGUUUUAGUUUCACGCCUGAAGACAGCGUCUUCAUCACCGAAGCUGAUGGAAGCACAAUGCGCUUCAUAUCAAAACACCCACGUGAUCAAAAUCACCAUGACAACAGGACGUCACGUAGUGACGGCCACUCAAGUCGGGAAAUGGACAUCAUUGACCACAGCGACCCCAAAUCAGGAAUGCGUGUUCGGGUUAAAAAAAGAUCGAGCAAUAAAGGCGCAAAAAGAAUUGACGAAAACCAAAACGGAGAUGGAAAUGAUUAUCAAGGAGAGGAGACUGCGAACGAAAAUCAUUAUAUUAGCCAAGACGAUKAUGAAGAAAUGGCUUCAAAGCGAACACUUUGCGAAGAAUCUCGGGGGCCUUCCAGCUCGUCACCUGAUUCUGAGUCAGGCUACGGAAAAAGUGUCAGAGGGUUUUCKUCCCGUCACAGGAAGCCCAAGAGGCUUUACUCGGUUUAUUAUCAAGAACGGAAAGUAAAAAGUGAUAGUGAACUAUCGUACGAUUGUCAUGCACGACGUAGGUCGACUAAGGUGCUCAUUAAACGUGGGAAGAAGAGUGGAAACCAAUCUCACGCGGAGGAUAAAUCCGGAUUCACGGGCGAGGAAUGGGAACCAAUAAAUACYUCUGGUUCCUUAAAAAGCAAGAAAGCUAAAAGAUCAGCAUCUAUGGGGGACAUUAGAAAAUAUGCGAAAUCGCGAAGCAGAAGYACAAAAAAGCGAUCCCAAAGUGCAAAAACACAAAGUCAGAUUGCAAAAGAACGGAACCAAAGCUCAAAACAGCGAAAUACAAGAAAAAGGCGGAAAAUGCGAAAAGGAGAAAAGCAGCGAAACCAAAGCGGAACAAUGCAGAAACAAAGUGGAAAAACACGGAACAACAGUUAYGGUAAACAAAUGCGAAAUCACGAAAACGAGGAAAGUGAUGAAGUUGAGUACGACUUUCCAGAUGGUUAUACGGCAGACUCUGAAGAAGAAAGUCUUUUUAAGCUCCAGGCUAGGCUUGAACAAUUGAAAAAAAUGACUCGAAAGAAAAGCAGUGGAAAGCGGAAAUCCACMAAAGGWAAACAAAAGUCUCCGUCUAAGAAACAAAGCACAGAAUCUGCAAAAAAGUCAAAAUCUAUCUCCGCCAAAAAGGCCAAGGCAUCACUCUCAACUUAUGGACUUGACAGCGAUAGUUGGAAUAGCGAYGAGAGCCUUCACAUCCGACCAAUCRGCGACGAGUAUUCUUCAUCUGAAGACGAACUYUCYAAAUAUGGCCAWCCACGUGCUGUAAGCUUUGAUAUAAGUGAUUUACCRUCGUAUAGAAGAAAUGCAGGGUUCUACGACCUGUCGCCAACACCUCGAGCUCUUACGUUUUAUAGACGGGGGAUAUAUUCACGUAAGAAGAGCUCAAUUAUUCCAGAUCUUUCUCAAAGAGGUCACAAACAUGAAGWCGACAUGUCGUUGGACGCAGACUGGGAUGCAAAGACUGAUUUUGACGAUGCGUUUAUUGGGUAUCGACCUGUGAAGAAUAGAUAUACUUCGAGAAAAUAUCCAAAGAAAGUUUACAAAUCAGUUCCYCUUGGAGCAACGAAAGGUCGUUCCCAGCAUCGCUCCAAAUGGGAUGAUGACGAUCUCAAUGAAAAUGACAUCAGCCUUCUUACUGCGCAGAUGCAGAAAUCUUUYGAAYCAAAAGUCGAUAGCCUGUCAGAUACGCCGGAUUUAAUCUGUAAAGGUCAAAGCUGUUUUCGAUGUGGGACGUUUGUUGAUUCAUGUGAAGCCAUUUGCACAAUGUGUGGAACACAAUKUAAACAGACACCUUGCACUGUAUGCCGGGAUAUCUGCGAACGAUGUGGGAAACCUAGAGUAAGAUGUGAGUCACGUGUUCAGUCACGUGGGAARGAGAAACAGGAARWCGAUAAUGAAGAAAUGCAAGAUGAAGGAAUAGGGUUGAAUUCAGAAGAUGUCGACGGGGAAGGUGUGCUGUCCGAGGUUGAUUAUGGAAAUGAAUCCAACGAUGGAGGAAACGAAGAUGGUUUUGGCUCUGGACCUACGUCAAUAGAAGGCUCUAUUUCGUAUGAGGGAGCAAACACUGCUAAAUUACCAGGAAGGAGGCCGAGGAGACCAAUCCAGAAAAAACAGAAGAUCGGAAAUUCAAAAGGAAGACUGAUGAACAGRCAUCGAACGUCAACACUGGAUAGUACYGACACAGCUAUAAUUGAAGAAACGUCUACCAUUGUGAACUCUUCUAAUGAAGAAUACAGCGUCAACGAGGACAUGCARGARGAAUUGCAUAAUGAGACAAAUGAAGUCACAGUCAACAAACCCCAAAAAUCAAAGCACACCAAAUCCAAAAAGAAAUUCAAGUYGUCSAGACAAGUUGUUUCUGAAACUGUAAUUUACAAAAAYCAGUCAAACAARUCUCUKUCAAAAGAAACGUCUAUUKAUGAAGUCAACRAGGAAUUGGACGACGAAAAACAGGAGAAUGGGGACGAACCUGAAAACAUUGAGGYCCAGUCUGCUGCUCAGGAAGAACUACCACAGGAAACCCAAAAUACAGAAUUGGAAGAUAAAGUCCAAGCAAGUCMAKGUGAAGCUGAAGAAGCAAGUAAGGAGGCAGAAGAAAAAGUGGAGAAAGAGGAGAAAAAAGCUGAAAAUAUUCAGAGGGAGAAAUCAAAACCGCAGAUCCCUAAACCUAAACUUCGCGGCGUACAGAGAGUCAACGCAGCUUAUAAAGAAAGAGUUGAGCUAAACAAACGGCUACAGACAAUGCUAAAAGAGGCCUUGAGCAACGUGAUUGCUGAAGCAGAUGUCAGGGUGAGGCGAGAUUCCACAAUCGACUACCUGGCGCAGUACCGACUAGUCGACCGUUCAAAAGUCGAGGUGUACGGGCGAGCUUUCGCUCUUGAAGACGAUGCCGAAAAGGGAAUCAUAUCGUAUGAGAAAAUGUUAUUGGCCUUAGAGGGGGUACCCACCAUUCAGGGAAUGUCAAGACACCAGCUCAACUACGUUCUGCAGGUUCUGGAAAUCGAUACAUUCUCACGAAUAAGCUUCAAAAUGUUCGCCGUCAUUACAGCUCUCUGCGAGAAAGUCACUUCUUUGGACCCGUUUGUAAGAGACAUAGUAGAUGGACUUGAUCUCACAGAGACAGAAUGGAAACUAGAUCUUUACAAGAACAUGUUUUACGUGGCCGGUGAUCGUUCUGUAACUUUCAUUAAACCUGGUGAUCUUCGGAUAGAGCUGAAAGCUGGAGGGCUAAACCAACAACAAGAGGAUCAUGUGAUCAAGCAUAUCACCCAGUCAGCCAAAAAUGGACAGAUUUCAUUUCUUGAUUACAUGGCGUAUCUACCUCUCUUCCUGUCAAUUCAUCAAAAUAUCUGUACCAAUGCUCUGGACAUGUCACGUGACAAGUACACCCGAAGAAAAGCCAAAGCAAUGGCGUGAAAUGACCGUCGUAUCAUCAAUUAUAUAUUACUGAUCUUUAUAAAAUAUAUAAAUGUACAUUUUUGUAAAUUGAGCAAAGCAUUUUGAUAAUACAUUUGUUUGGCAUCUUGUUGUUAACAUUUUUAUAUAGAAAGAGGAAAAUUUAGUACUCAAGUACGUAGAAAUACAGGAAGAUGAGGAAAGCACUUCAAAAAAUCUAAAACGGAUUCUCAUUAGAUUGUUUAGGUUCUUGUCUCAUUAUUUGCUAUUCAAUCAUCAAGAAAGAUCAAUAUUUCGCGCUUAACAUCUAACGACGGUUGUUUAAGAGUCGAGAUAAGUGUCUUAUCUCGUGUCCUGUCGAUAAAGAGGUAAAUAUAACAUGUGAAUACAGGAAAAGUAAGCGAGAAGAAGAAAUAAACACUGGAUGAUAGCAUGACGUUUUUAGAGCGUUUGCUCGGGCAACUCUGCUAAGUAGCUUAGAUAACCUGACUGCUUUUAUGAGUGACAGAGCUCUUUGACUGACAUGCACCUCAAUUAAAACUAAAGACGACAUUAUGAUUUAAGAAAGCAAAUAAUAAGACCUUUUUUUAGUACGAAAUAAGUUCAACAUUAACGAACAAUUUGUUCUUGUAAAAAGUAAAAAAAAAAAAAGAUUUUUCACAGCGAUAAGUCAUUCCGCCUGUAUUUUAAGAGCUACACUUUAUUAAACUUGCAAUGCAUAAAUUUAAAAA